UGGUUGGUUGGGGUUGUGUAGGCUGUGCGUUUGGGUCAGUGUAGCGGGAGAAUGGUGAAUAAAUGGGAGAAGGAUCAGGUUACUAACCGAGGAGACGUUAGCGGCAGGUUAUGCAAGAUGGAAUAGAUAACUGGGGGAAGGAUUGACGGGCCCAAGUCCAGGUCCGCAAAAGACCCUCGGGACUGAAACUCCGCUUCCUCUCAUUGUCUGCAUCUCGCUUUGCACAGGUUUCUGGGGGCAGAUUCAGAGUUGCCUCUUGUACUCUUGGUUGAUUCCAGAAUCCUCUGCACUUCAGCCCUCGCAGGGGCACCAUGCCGAGACCCCGGAAGAGGCUGGCUGGGUCUGCCGAGCCUGCUGGGCCAGACAAUAAGGGACCGGCAGGAAAACGUACCAAGACUAAGAACCCAGUGGGGGCAUCGGCUCAAGUGGUUAACUCCAGCCCUCAGAAGACUUCAGCCUCCAAAACCUGUGGGAAGUAUCUAAGUAGUUACUGGCUGAUGAAGUCAGAGGCAGAAAGCCGAUUAGAGAAAGGUGUAGAUGUGAAGUUCAGCAUCGAGGAUCUUAAAGCACAGCCCAAGCAGACAGCAUGCUGGGAUGGUGUUCGCAACUACCAGUGGGUGAGGAGGAAGGUAGUUGUUUAUUCUCCCCUGGGACAGGCCCGGAACUUCCUUCGAGCCAUGAAGCUGGAGCAAGAAGCUUUCUUCUACCAUAGCAACUGCAAAGAGCCAGGCAUCGCAGGACUUGUGAAGAUUGUAAAGGAGGCUUACCCAGACCACACACAGUUUGAGAAAAACAAUCCCCAUUAUGACCCAUCCAGCAAGGAAGACAACCCCAAAUGGUCCAUGGUGGAUGUACAAUUUGUUCGGAUGAUGAAGCGUUUCAUCACCCUGGCUGAGCUCAAAACCCAUCACCAAGCUCACAAAGCCACUGGAGGCCCCUUAAAAAAUAUGGCUCUCUUCAGUCGCCAGAGACUCUCAAUUCAGCCCCUGACCCAAGGAGUUCGAUUUUAUUUUGAGCCUGGAGGAAAAGGAACCAAGUUAACUGGGACCAUGUUGCUGGAAUAGGCAAGACAUUGUUCCAAAGAAUUCAAGCUUUUGUAAGACAGAAAGAGGUGUGAGAAGGCUUUCUUGUUAUGUUGACCUGGGGUUGUGUACGUAGGUGAUUUUCAUGUACCUUUUUCAAUAAAACAUUAAUAUCAAA